CGACUCGGCGUAGGCAACUUAGUCUCUACAACAGCAUAAUUAAGCGCAACCAGUCGAAAAAUCGAGAAAACAUGCGUCUAAUUAUUACUAUCAUCUCCAUGUUCGCGCUGGCGCAAGCCCAGUUUGGCUUCUUCGACCAAAUGUUCGGCGGUGGCCAGGAACAGCAUCACCAACACCAAGGACACGGCCACGGCCACGGAGGCAACGUGCCCAGCGAUGCAAAUAUGUACCGACAAAGAUACGACCAAUCACCAUGCGACAACUACCUUUGCCCCGAUACCCUCGCCUGCGUCCACUUCCCACACCACUGCCCUUGCGCCUGGGAUGCAAACGAUGAGAAGUUCGAGCUUGGUGAGGGUAAAAGAAUAUGCGCUUCCAAGGGAGGCUUCAAAGACACCGAGACAGCACGAAAGGUCGAACUAGCGAGAAAGGGCCUGUUAUAAACAACACACGGAUACGAAUAAUAUAGACGGGGGAACGCGCAUUGCAUUUUACGCAUGAUAAUUAAAAUGAGCCAACUUGGAGUUUUAUUUUGCAACUGUAGAACAAGAGCAGGCGAAGUUAUUAUUGGAAUUCAAGAUCUAUUAUUUACAAAUUCAAACACAGAGCUGGUAAUUCAAGCCGUAAAGACUUCAAACCAAUUUCUGCCAUCAGCCACCGUCUCCUUUCUGGCAUAUUGCAAUCACAACCUAAACGCCCUGACGUAUUCGCUCAUUGAAAAGAAGUGAAACAAAAAGAACCUAUCUCCCAUCAUAUACUGUGCAUUUGGCGUCACUUUACUUGGUUCCGUUGGGGAUGGGGGGCAUCGGCGGAACCUCGCCAUCGUCGUCUUCAUCUUCGUCGUCCAUGACGUCGUCGGAGUGUCCGAGGAGCUGGGCGACGUUUCGCAUUUCGUAGUGCUUCUUGCGCAUCUCUUCAAAGUGAUGAUGCUUCUCCACCUCUUCUGCCGAAAGGCCGACCAUCGGGUCUUCGGCGGAGGCGGCGUUGCUUUCUUCGUCCAGAUGAACAGACUUGUCUGAGUGGGCUCGGGGCGACGCCGCCGCCAGGGCAUCGUGGUUUUCUUCUUGGACUUCUUCGAAGUAGCCUUCUUCCGGCUCGCCCAGCGAUAGACCUGGUAUGUUAUCAUCAGCACGCGCACGUGCAGUCUUACCGACACGAGCAGCACCCUGAGCACCAGCUUCUUGUGACGCUUGGCCUUCGUCUUCUUCGUCCGAAGGAUCUUCAGCGGGAUCAUAGUGUUUUGCGUAGGGUGUCUUGGGUUCGUCAAUCUUCAUAGUCGAGGUGCGCUCCUGCUCGGUCAGGUAGAGAUUGGCCUCGUCCCACUUGAGGCGCUGCGAGCUCUCCGUCAAGCCGUCCUGGGCGGACUGGCGGCGAGAGGUGGGAGGCUGUCGGGCAGCGGAAGAUGAUCGGCGAUGGCCAGUGUUGAUUUGUGUGUUGGCCAAGGUGAGCUCUUUGCCGGACAUGGACCGUUCGCGAGUCUGAGUAGUGCCGCUGCCACUUGGUUGGUUUCCAGAGGUCUUAAGGAUGCCUAGGGGUAUGGUUAAUGUUGAGCAAAAGAAAGCAUGAAUAUGGCAUAUAACUACCCUUUGGUCGGGUUGAAUCAUUUCCCGAAUGGGGAUUCGCAGCAUGCUCGGUGGACGACAUGGCGAUAUAUGUCUGUUUGUAAUGCGGGGGAGAGCUGGUUUGAGGUAGCCGUUGGACGGUGUCCACGAGGCUUGACGGCGUAGUCUGUGUACUUUAAAGUAAGAGGCACAAGAGUCAAGUGCGAGGUGCAAGACAAGUCAGGCUGGCGAC